ACCGCGGCAAUAUGGCUGCGCCCAUGGGAGCGCACCGGGAGCGCCCUCAGCGCCGCUUCCGCUGCCGCUGAUCCCUCCAUGGAGCCGCGGGAGUCCUGGGCGGCCUUGGCGGCUGGUGGAGUUGCUGGUGUCUUUGUUGACUUGAUCCUCUUUCCCCUGGAUACUGUGAAAACAAGACUGCAGAGUCCUCAAGGAUUUAGGAAGGCUGGUGGUUUUCGUGGCAUCUAUGCUGGWGUUCCUUCCACUGCUAUAGGAUCCUUUCCAAAUGCUGCUGCUUUUUUUAUCACCUACGAGAAUGUGAAAUCCUUGCUGCCCCAUGGACCUUCAUCCUACCUGUCCCCUGCAACACACAUGGUGGCUGCCUCCCUUGGGGAAGUGGUUGCCUGUCUCAUCCGGGUUCCAUCRGAGGUUGUCAAGCAAAGGGCCCAGGUUUCUCCUUCCUCCAGCACCCUCCGGAUCCUCUCCCACACCUURUACCAUGAGGGUAUUCAAGGACUUUAUCGGGGCUAUAAGAGCACRGUAUUAAGAGAGAUUCCUUUCUCUCUGGUACAGUUUCCCCUCUGGGAGUCCUUAAAGGAUCUCUGGUCAUGGAAGCAGGGUCACGUGGUGGAUUCUUGGCAGUCAGCAGUCUGUGGAGCUUUUGCAGGUGGAUUUGCAGCUGCAGUCACCACACCUCUGGACGUAGCGAAGACGAGAAUUAUGUUGGCAAAGGCUGGUUCCAGCAAUGCCAGAGGGAAUGUUCUGGCUGCCCUUGGUGGAAUCUGGAGGACACAAGGCCUGUCAGGCUUGUUUGCAGGUGUUGUCCCACGGAUGGCAGCCAUCAGCCUGGGAGGCUUCAUCUUCCUGGGGACAUAUGAGAAGACUCGGCAGCUGCUGCUGUGAGCCAGCCUGGCCCAUCCUGCUGCAGGAGAAUCUGGAGAAGCCACCGAGCAGAGGAGGAGUCAGAGCAGAGCCUUCCUCCUGCACCCCUCGCAGCAGCUGUCCCCAGGCUGAGAGCCACUCUCCCUGCUAGAGAAAAGUAAAUCCUCCAAUAAUCCCGUUUCCCAAACAUGAAAUUUUCCUGCAUGGAAAGUGGGUGAGGUCACUGCGAAGAGUCGUGCCAAAGAASUAAUGUUUGGGGGGUAAACAGCUAAUUAUGGUGGCUGCAAAAGGCGUUAUGAGAACUCCUGCAGGGAAAGUGUUUUGGAAAGCUCUGGCUCGGGGGCUGAGGGGGGAGGCUGAAAUAAAGCAAGUUUUCAUCAUUCAGUGGCACCUGCCUCGUAACAGGGGAGGGGAAGGGGCUGAUAGAGUUACAGCCUGCUGCCCUCCAACAGCACCGAAAGGAUUCCGGCUUGGGAGAGCUCUUUGUAAAAGACAAUAAUCCAUUUGUUUCUGAUUUGGGCUGUAUUUGUGGAAGUUUAUAUUCCUGUUUAUACCUACAGGUGCUCAGCAAGCAUUCCUGUGUGGGAGCCAGUGCAGCUUUAUUAAUCACACUCACAUUUCUCCAGUAAAAGCACGGGYUUGUAUUAUUUUACAGCUGUGCUUGAGCAAAGACGUGGAGCUCUGCCUUCUUUUGCUCUUCAUCCCUCAGCAGCUGAAGCCUGGGAGGGCAAGGCAGGGAGAAUAUGGGAAUUCUGCUGAUGUUGGGGUGGAUCUUGAGGGCUCUCAGGGGGCUGCUGGCAGGCAGAGCAAAAUUCUGGUGCUGUUCUCGUGUAGGAAAGAGGAACUGCAGCAGCCGAAAAGGUGCGGGGAUGAGUGUGAUGGAAAAACUUUCUUGGAAUUACUCAAAAUUAUCACAAGAGUUGGUGCUGGGGGCAAGUUUACAGCAUCAGCUUGGCUGAGUGGGGCUUAAGGAGGUUCAGCUGUUGGAGUCCAGGUUGGUGCCUGACCAGGGGACAYGUGUGACACCGGAGCCCCUGCCAGAGUGCAAACAGCCCAGGCUGGAUGUUUUAUKGCACCGCCAUCCAUGACAGAGUAGUAAGACUUUUUAGAGGCCAAAACUUAGAAAAUAAUUGGCAGACAAGUAAAACAUACAGAACAAAGGACAUAAUUCUUAAAAAUAAUCUUCAAUUAAAAUGGGGGAAUUUAGCCAAGUCCCAUAUUGGCUGGUUGGGAACGCCACUCGUUGCCAUGGCUUGGUGUAGCUGUGCUUCUUGCCACUUUGAGGUUGUCCCUUUGAUGACAUUAUAAAUAUAAAUGUAUAUAUCAGAACCAAUUUUAGGGGCUGGGAUUGGGRGAAGGAGAUUUACUACUCUGUCUCAAAACUCCAAUGUAUUUUCUKUUAAAGCUCUUUAAACACGUUGAGGGGGUUAGCACUGCAGUUGAUACAUUUAAUUAUUUGAGCUAUAAAUAAUCAGCUUUCAUAAGUCAUUGAGUCCAAAUGGUGCAUUUUCUGUUGUUUUUAUUUAAUAUAGCAGAAUUAGCAGAAUCAGUUUUUGUCAUCACCUUUUUUUUCUUUCUUUAAAUUAAAAAAAACAACCAACCAAACCCAGCCAAUGAGCCAAAUUGUUUUAGUCAAUCUAAUGGUGGGAGGGGACAGACCCCAAGUGCUUCCCUURCUCUGUGCUAAUGGGGCAGCUCUGCACCACAGGAAGGCCAAAAGUACAGGGGAGUGGCACCAGGCAGGUGAGCCCAGGGCUGUUCUGCAUGCACCAAUUUGUCUAUUCUGGACGACAAGGACAUUUUUAGUUUGGGGGGGAAAGAGACAAAAAAAUGUGUGUUUUUUCCUAGGACUGUUUGCCUUAGGUUUUAGCAAUGUUUUAUUUCAAGUUUACCAGAAUUAAAAAAAAAAAAAAUUAUUGAAUUGUAGCCCAUUAGUGGGAUAAAAUGGGAUAACAACUUGAAUUUCAAACCAGGUACCAGCCUCUUAAAGCCUGUUUCCUUUCUGUUUUAAAAAACRUUAACUCCUACAUGGUUAAGGGACUCUGAGUAGCCUCAGAUGACCUGCUUUAUACCCAUUAUAAUUCCAAGGAAGAAAUAGUUUUAUUUUUAAAAAAAUAUACAGAAACUGAAUUGAGAUUUUAAGUUAGAGCAGGAAUUCAGGCUUAUCAUCUCCAAAGCUGCCUCUGGAAUUUCCAUCCA